UUAACAGAACACAACAUAACAUCUCCCAGAAGCGCCCGUGAGUCUUCGAAUGACCGUCAGUUCCGCAGUGGACAUGAGCUGAGUUAUCGGUAAUGUCAGAACGAACUGCAGUUUAAAUCGAUGGUUUGUCUUUGUUUGACUUGUCCAUGAGAAGUUUAGCACUGUUUAUACUCCCGUGUGUUAUCGCGGUGCUGGUGCAUGAGUGGUGGCGCCUGACGGACCAAACCGAGUUCUUCUGGGAUGUCUGGGCUUCAGACAACAGGAGGCCAGUGUAUGAAGUUGUGGUUGGAGUUGUAUCUGCCCGGAAUCACCAUGAUCUUAGGGAGGCCAUAAGAGGUACAUGGAUGGGAUACCUCAAAGAAAACCCGGACUUUCGGAAUCGGGUGCUGGUGAAAUUUAUUGUCGGUAAACAUGGCUGUGCACUACCCGAAGAGGAUCGAGAGGACCCAUAUUCUUGCACUCAGCUCAACCUCACUGAACCAGUGGCCAUGCAGGAUGUAACCAUUCUAAACAAGCCUGAUGAUUUGAUGCCAUCUGAUGUCUCCGCCAUAUGUUUGGAUUUCAAGGUCCUCCAUCCUGUAGUAAUCACGCACCUGGGUGUGUUUCCCAGUGGCCCACAAAAGGAUUUCACUGGGAAUGUCACAAUAAAGUUAUUCCCAGUGGACCAAAAGGAACCUGUUGUGACUGCUCGCCUUACUACACUAAGUCCAGGUGUCUAUAUGGAUGGGAUCUGGUAUAAAGGCGUGGAACAGUUCAUCUUGCCCAAGGGUUUUGAGGGUAAUCUGUUAUGGGAGAGCCAGGAUCCAGCAGGUUUGAUGACUCUCAACGUGUCCAAGGUUCAGCUCAACACUGGUGGAGGAGUGAUUAAGUUAGGACUUAUAGAAGAGGGAACUCUGCCUCACAGAAAUGCACAUGGUUUUCCAGGACUAGCUGGAGGAUUCAUUUUCUCCAUUUAUGAUGUGGAGGGACUUAAGGCACACCUGCGUGGCCGUGCAGACAGACAGCAGGUCCAUGGAGCCAGCCUAAGGGAGGAAGAAAAAUCCCUGCAGGAGGAGAGUCACAAAUAUGGGGACAUUAUUUUUGUUGAUGUCGUGGACACAUACAGGACUGUACCUUAUAAACUGCUGUACUUUUACAAAUGGGCGGUGAGGAAUGUUGACUUCAGUCUGCUACUGAAGACGGAUGAUGAUUGUUACAUCAAUGUGGAUGAAGUAUUAAGGAACAUUUACUACAAGAGACUGACGAGGACUAAUCUAUGGUGGGGAAAUUUUCGACAGAGCUGGGCUGUGGAUCGUGUAGGGAAGUGGCAGGAAUUGGAGUACACUAGUCCAGUGUAUCCAGCCUUUGCAUGUGGCUCUGGAUAUGGGAUUUCCAGAGACUUAGUGGAGUGGCUGGCCAGCAAUGCAGAGAAGCUUAAAGUUUAUCAGGGAGAGGAUGUGAGCAUGGGAAUAUGGAUGGCUGCAGUAGGACCUCAGCAAUAUCAGGAUGCAGGCUGGCUAUGUGAGAAGGAAUGCUAUGUGGACAUGCUAUCAUCACCACAGCAUACAGUGAAGGAGCUACACAUUCUCUGGGAUCAGAAAAAAAACUGUGGGGAUCCAUGUGGCUGUUCUUGGCAUCGCAAAUAAAAAGUCCAUUAUUCUCCUGUACGCUUUAUUAAAAUAACUCUGUAGGACAUUAAUUUAAGUGCUUUCAUAACUUAUUCACAUGUAUUUUGUAUUGUUUUAAUAAAGCAGUCCUUUAUUAAAAGGAGAGUUUAAGGGGGCUUAUGUCAGAAUUUUUGAGGUGACACUUUUUAUUCAUCAAUUAGUCUUAGGGGUAGCUUUUAAAACUUUUUCAGUCUUAUUUUGCAAGUCAUCUUGAUGAAGUUGUAGGCAUGAACAGCGCUCCCAAAGAGAGCAAUCAAUUGAUCACAUUCCAGAGCCUUUCUCCCAGCCUGCUUGUCGCCAUCUCGAUAAUCUUAUCUGAUAUGCGAACAUGAAGGAGCGUCUUUAAAACGAAGUUAAAGAAAACUUCACAAGGCAUGGAACAGGAUGCUUCGAAGAAACCCCAAAACAAGGGUGCAAAUUGGCGAUCCGGUAAACAAAGCAGACAGUUUUACAGCUUCACCCUGAGUUGGGGGGAGGGGGGGGGGUGACCACCAAGUCACAUGUAAUACAUGUAUUUACUCAGUAUGUUUGAUUUAUUCUUGUGUGUAUGUUUGAUUAUUCUGCAUAUCUUGAAAAGUGUGAUCACCAUUUACAAACCCCUUUUAUUAGAUAAAGGAACGAAUGAGUGGAUAAGAUAUGUAAUGUUUGAUAUCAAUCUAAAGCUAGUUUUGUUAGCAUGAACAGAGUUAAUGCAAAAUUAUUUUUAUUAAAGGCAUCAAAACUCCAGCUGGAUGAGCCCACGUGACAGCCGAAACACCAGGCUAAUGUAUGCACAAAAGGGGGGCCCCAUGUGAGGCGUGGCUAAGCCCCACAAGCGCAAUCACUCGUGGGACGGACUGAUGUUGAAGGGUCAAAACCAGCAAGCUCAAGCAGAAUUGAAAAAGAAAACCCUACAACCUCUUCCAAGCAGCUCGGGCUUCCGCCCUUGCGGGUGCUACGCCACCGCUGCCGGCGUCAUCCACUUUUCAAGAACUUCAAAGUCCGGCAACGAAGAAACGCUCAGAAGUUCAAGAGCGCCGCCAUUGAUAACCAGGCAACCAAUGCCUCACCGAAGGGCAUACCUUGAAAAUUGGUGUUCGUUUCAAAACUAAGCCAUAAGAUUAAACCCAAGACUCUGCUCUUGUGACUUGCUUUAAUCUAGUAAACAGUGCUAGAAUAACUUCAUUAACUUUCACCUUCCAAACUGUUUGUAUCUAUGUGUGUGCAUUUAAAGAGCGUAGUUUCAUGUGUCAUAAAUUAGUCAAAUAAAUUUUGUUUCUUUAUAAAGAACUGUUGUCUUGGUUGUGUAUUUUAAAGUCUUUUUAAACAUUUGCCCAGAUCGUAAGUUACCUUGCUCAUAAUUGCUAAAUACUAGAUUUGGUGUUAUCGUUGGCCACUUGAUAAGCAUAAACGGUGCAAUAAGAAAAUGCACUUUUCACAAGUUGUGCUACACCCUGGACAGGUAAACG